UCGCCCCUCCAUCGCCUUCGAUCGCCGUCUCUCGCCCUGGCCCUCGUCCGCGCUCUCUCCCCCAAACCGCAAUCUUGUGUUCGCGCAGCCGUUUCUCGGCCCUCGCCCGCAGCACGCCUCUAUCGCGAUAUAAACCCGUUUGCGUCCCGCCGUUGCCUCGACCCUUGCGUUGCUGGAAUCGUCCUGCCUCAUCUGCUCUCCACCUGCUCAAUCCUUCUCCAUCGCAAACCAUGUCUGCUCCCACUGGUGAUAUCGGUCUUAUCGGCCUGGCCGUCAUGGGUCAGAACCUGAUCCUCAACAUGAACGACCACGGCUACACCGUCGUUGCCUACAACAGAACUGUCGAGAAGGUCGACCAGUUCCUGGCUCACGAGGCCAAGGGCACCAACAUCCAGGGCGCCCGCUCCAUCGAAGAGCUCUGCGCCAAGCUCAAGCGCCCCCGCAAGGUUAUGCUCCUUGUCAAGGCCGGCGAUGCCGUCGAUGCCUUCAUUGCCCAGCUCCUCCCCUACCUCGAGGCCGGUGACAUCAUCAUCGAUGGUGGCAACUCGCACUUCCCCGACACCAUCCGCCGUGUCAAGGAGCUCGAGAGCAAGGGCUUCCUCUACGUCGGCGCCGGUGUCUCUGGCGGUGAGGAGGGUGCCCGCUACGGCCCCUCGAUCAUGCCCGGUGGCUCGCCUGCUGCCUGGCCCCAUCUCAAGUCCAUCUUCCAGGACAUCUCUGCCAAGACUGCUUCCGGCGAGCCCUGCUGCGACUGGGUCGGCGAGGGCGGCUCUGGCCACUACGUCAAGAUGGUCCACAACGGCAUCGAGUACGGAGACAUGCAGAUCCUCUCCGAGGCCUACUCUCUCCUGAAGGACGUCCUCGGCCUCUCGCACGAGGAGAUGGGCAACAUCUUUGAGGAGUGGAACAAGGGCGAGCUCGACUCUUUCCUGGUCGAGAUCACCCGCGACAUUGUCCGCUUCAACGACGAGGACGGCACUCCUCUCGUCGCCAAGAUCCUCGACAAGGCUGGCCAGAAAGGUACCGGCAAGUGGACCGCCAUCUCUGCCCUGGACCUCGGCACCCCUGUGACCCUCAUCGGCGAGGCUGUCUUUGCUCGCUGCCUCUCGGCUCUCAAGCAGGAGCGUGUCCACGCCUCCACCAUCCUCAAGUCCCACGCCCAGGCCCAGUUCACCGGCGACAAGCAGCAGUUUGUCGAGGACAUCCGCCAGGCCGUCUACGCUGCCAAGCUCAUCUCGUACGCCCAGGGCUUCAUGGAGCUCCGUGAGGCUGCCAAGGAGCAGGGCUGGAACCUCAACUACGGCGGCAUCGCCCUCAUGUGGCGUGGUGGCUGCAUCAUCCGCAGCCGCUUCCUCGGCGACAUCACCAACGCCUUCCGCAAGAACCCUGGACUCCAGAACCUCCUCCUGGACUCGUUCUUCACCGACGCCAUCCACCGCGCCAUCCCCUCGUUCCGUCGCGUCGUCUCGCAGGCCGUCCUCCUCGGUGUCCCCGUUCCCUGCUUCUCGUCUGCCCUGUCUUUCUACGACGGCUACCGAUCUGCCAAGCUCCCCGCCAACCUCCUCCAGGCCCAGCGUGAUUACUUUGGUGCCCACACCUACGAGAUCGAGGGCCAGGAGGGCAAGUGGGUCCACACCAACUGGACCGGCCGCGGCGGCCGUGUCGCCUCGUCGACCUACAACGCCUAAUUUCCCACCUCGGCAUCAUCCCCUCCACCAUCCGGCCGAGAGACGGCGAACGAUUCAAUCCUAGCC